CAUGACCGGUGGCCCCGCACAAACAUUCGCCACGCACAUCGCCAUCUCGAUCUUACGUUACACUUUUUCCAUCCACCAGGUGUAAUCAACCACUUCCCGUUCCAUCAAAACCUCCCUCCUUUUCUCUCUCUCCGGCGCCACGAUAAAUCAGCACGGCCGGCCGGCGGUUCGCCCCUGCCAAGAGACGGCAAUGGCUCGCGGCCAGAUCACGCGGCUCCUUCUCCUUCUCCUGCUCUCAUCGACCGCGCUGCCGUCUCUGGCCCAGCAGACGUCCAACAGCACGGGCCACGCCGGCUCCUCUAGAACCGCCGGCGGGUUCUCGCCAACCACCGUCGUCGUGCUCGUCGUCCUCAUCGCCGCCUUCGUCGCCCUCACGCUCUUCUCAAUCUACAUCAACCGCUGCACCGGCGCGCACCCCGUCCCUCGCCGCCCGUCCCGCGCCACGGCCCCUAACCAGCCCGUCGAUGCCGCCGCCCAGUCCGAUCGCUGCCGCCCACGCGGCCUCGACAGGGAGGUCGUCGAGGCCUUCCCGACGGCCGUCUACGGCGACGUGAAGGCGCGUAUGGCGGCCACCAAGUCGGGCCCGCUCGAGUGCGCCGUCUGCCUCACCGAGUUCGAGGACAACGACGAGCUCCGGGUCCUCCCGGCGUGCUGCCACGUCUUCCACCCGGACUGCAUCGACCCGUGGCUCGCCGGCGCGGUCACCUGCCCGCUCUGCCGGGCCGACCUCAACGCGCCGCCCGCGAUCCCGGCCGCCGCCGAGAGCCGCGGCGACUUGACGGACACGGCCGUGCAGGAGGAGCCGGAGGAGCUCGACGAGGAGUGCUCGGUGGUGUCUUUCACGGCCGAAUCCCUCACCAGCUUCAGCACGAUAUGGAGGCACGAGUUCACGGGCGCGGAGUACAACCACUACCGCAGGACGCAGUCAGCCAUGGACGCGCCAGACAGGCACACUCUCAGGCUGCCGGAGCACGUCAUGAAGGAGCUGGCCGCCGUCCGGAGGCACCGGCGAGCGGCUAGCCUAGCCGCAGAGUACCCGGACACGGCGGAUCAGAGGACACCGGGGUGGCUGACCUCGUUCUUGCGGCGGUCCAUGUCAUGGCAGCGGCAGAGCCGCGGGGGAUCGGACGCCGUGGAGGAGCACGGCGGCAGCAAGCGGGUUCAUCCCGUGGCCGGAGCGCCGGUUGAGAAACCGAGCGGGUCGGGGUCCGGCGGUGACGAGAAGAAAGAGAGCUCCGACGUUGACGCGUUAAACCGGGUUUGACCUCUUCGUUCGUCCUUGUGUGUAAUCUUCGUCUGAGUUCCUUAUGUGCCUGCAAAUAGGAAUAUAUAUAUUUUUAGACCUAUAAACGCACGGUUUUACUCGGCAAUCCAUGGCUUGCCAUCUCCAUUGUUUCUUUCUCACUUUGGAGGAAGAAGAUGUCCUUGGAUUCAUGCACCUGUUGCCAUAGACAGAAGUUUUCAGAUACGCAUUACAGCCUCCUAAAUUGAUUGUGCAAUUAGUUCUGCCAUGGCGAGGAGUUAAUUACUUCCUAUGUUACCUGGUGGCCCUUGGUUACACUUCACGGAUGUCAACGACGCUUCCACUAAGAACGCAUUCCAUAAGCAAAAUUCAGUUGUUCUAAUGUUGUAAACAGAC